UUAAGUGAGUCACGUGUCAGAUUUCUUAAAUCAUGUAAAUAAAAAAGUGUAAAUGUUCCGGUGAGCUGUGUGUUUUGAGCGUCCCCUCUUCACCAUAUUCCAGUAGUUUGGCAACUAUCCAACAAAAUGGAUGUAGGAUGCGAGACCGACGAAGACAUAAAUCCAAAUAUCACAUUGGAAAAGACGAUGAAUAUGGUGGCUUCAAUUUUAGGGGACAUCAAUUCAGAAAGGCACAAGCUAGAUUACAAUUUGCACAAGGCUAAAUUUUUGGAGGCCAAGUUUCAACAGGAACUGACGCAACUGCAAAACAAAAUACGUUACCUGGAGCAAGAUCUGGAGAACGAAAAACGAUGCAAGGAGUACGCCCAAAAGGAAGUGGAACAACUGAAAACAUACAUAAGCACAAACAUCGACCCGAGAGAUUCGAGACAUCUGAUCAUGUUGCUGAACAGGAUCGAGGACUUCGAGCAAACUAGGAUUGCGACGGAGAACAAGGAAGUGAUGGUGGAGAACGACAACGAAAACCGAUUGACCAGGGAAAACGCUUGUCUCGUCAAAUCCGUGAAGGAACUUCAGACGUGUUUAAAGAGUUUGGCUGAAAGAUUGAAGAACAGGGAAGUUAGAGUGUCGGAACUGAAGAAGGACAUACUAAAAAUCCACAGCGGAUACAGACAAAUUAUCAGUAACACCGCAGAGCAAAAAAUUUUGAAAUAACUUUGAUUAUAUUGUGGUACAAUAGAAUUAGUACAAAUAAAUUCCAAUAACUUUGAGCACCUGUCAAUGUUUCAUUACCAGUCGCAACCUGUUAAAUACAAGCGUGAAACACACAGUAAACAUCUACAAUAUCGCAG